AUGGCAAACUUGUUUAAUUAUCGUAAUUUGGGCAAGAAGAUUGUCUGUGUUGCUCGCAACUAUAAGGACCAUGCUUUGGAACUGGGAAAUGCUCUGCCGAAGAAGCCGCUGUUUUUUGUGAAAUCCGUGAACAGCUAUGUAUCAGAGGGGCGGCCAAUUGUUGCACCGGCGGGCUGUAACAAAUUACACCAGGAAGUGGAACUAGGCGUGAAGCCGCUGUUUUUUGUGAAAUCCGUGAACAGCUAUGUAUCAGAAGGGCGGCCAAUUGUUGCACCGGCGGGCUGUAACAAAUUACACCAGGAAGUAGAACUAGGCGUGGUUUUUAGCAAGCAUGCCAAAAAUGUGCAACGUAAUCAGGCAUUCAACUACAUUGGUGGCUACACCGUCGCACUGGACAUGACUGCGCGGGAUUUUCAGGAUGAAGCAAAGAAGGCAGGGGCGCCAUGGUUUUUGUCGAAAUCGUUUGACACUUCCUGCCCGGCAGGAGAUUUUAUCGAGGCGCGCAGAAUUCCCGACCCACGUAACGUAGAGCUGUUCUGUCGAGUCAAUGGCGAAGAGCGGCAGCGUUGUAAAACGAAUGCUAUGAUAUUUGACAUACCAACACUGAUCGAACACCUGACAACGCACGUGACGAUGGAACCGGGUGAUGUCUUGCUGACUGGCACACCAGCUGGCGUAUCAGCAGUCAAAUCCGGUGACUGCAUUGAAUUUGGGCUCGAAGGCAUUAUGUCUGUGAAAUUUCAUGUGCAGUAG